AAAACCGUCGUUCGUUGCCGCCGGUUGCAAAUUUCUCCGGCGUUAGGGAUCUCGGCUGUGAUCUGUUGUCGCUUUUGAAGUCUGGCGUCCGUGGCGUGUUGAGUGCCGUAACAAUGGGGCCGGUGGAGAUCUUCGUGCUCGAGCAUGCCCUCAAAUACCAGAUGGGCAAUGCCGUGAAAGCUCUGCGUGGCCGUGGCAACAAGCAGACCAUUGUGUACAACUUGAGCUCUCCUUACAUCUGCCUAAUGUACUUGGUGCACAUCUUCAACGGCUACUUGACCUCGUCGCACCAGACAAUCGCCACUUGGGAUCCUGCAGUCCUCAAGGUGCUCGUAGAUGUUUUCCAGGACAUGUAUUCUCGACAGAAGUUCACCUCUGAAAAGGUCCUUGUGCCUCUCAUCUUGCGUGCCAGGUUGUUGGAGAUCAUUGUUUAUGCUGAGAAGGCCCUGCCACCUGGCUUUGUGCUGGAGAAGUUGGAUGCAUACUUUCCACAGCCCACUGAAGCUGUCUGGAAGGAGUUUGCUCAGACCUACUCUCUUAGGGGAAAGUCUAUGGCAUGGCUCCUGGACACUUGCAAGAAAUCUCGCCAGUACGUGAUGAACCUGGUGAUGAAGAAGAAACGCCUGGACAGCGAUUCUCGUGACCUUGAAGGGUUUGUGGUGACCGUCAAGCGUCUUGUGGACCAGAUUGCGGCAGACCUUUCCACAUCUAUCCCACGAACAGGACUGGAAAAGAUUCUUGCUGGAGAAAAGCUUCAACUUGACCUGGACACAGAGCAGAUAAUCCAGACGGUGAUCAACAAAGAUCAGCCCAUCAUGGAGAAACAUCUGCUUCAUCUGCUUGAGCUUCAGGAGUCAGUGGAGCACCCUGUCGAGCUGAAAUCUAUUGCAAACGACAACCUGUGAACUCUUCUGCUGCCGGUCUCGUCACCUUGGGGGGACUACAGCACUGCACUUCGACGUGAGAUGAUUGACGUCUGUGGGAAUUUGUGGAAGCACUGACGUGAAGGGAAGUUUAUGGUUAUGAACCGCCAUGUGGUUUUGCUUCAAAUCGGAAAUCGGUGGUGUGGAUGAAGGGUCCACUACUACAAGUCUUCUUCGAGCAAGUGUUCUAUUGCACCACAAGGUCCGAAACAUUUGAGGAGUGAUGUCUGUCUAUUUGUACCAGUGGAUGUAAGCAGCCCAGUCAUGGCUCAUCAGGCGAACAGAUAAUGUAGGGUUUCUGUUGAGCAAUGUGCUAAACUUUUGCCAAUUUAAACAUGCUUCAUGCAACUGGACAUUUGUCCAGUCGCAUGCUCUCGUGUCUUUCGUGUCCUUCUUGUCUCUGUGUCGGCGUUUAGUUCUCGCGCUAUAACUAUCGUCAUGCCAUACCGACUAGCCCAAGCUACCACUCUUCUAUAUGGACAUUUGUACUUUGCAUUUUUGAUGGUAGCUUCAAAAAUGAACGUAAGUCUGGUGGUAGCACAAAAAGCCCAGCUUCGUAUAUUGGAGCCUCCUUGGAAAACUUGUCUGAAAUGCAUGUGGAAAUGUCAUGAAGGCUUGCAAAGGUUUUCUGUUUUCAUUACCUGAACUGAGGGAAAACAAAACAAAAGAACACUGCCACUUCAACUUGCCAAAAGUUUCACAUGACAAAGGCAUGACCUACAAAGUGCAAUUCCUUAGCAUGACUUUGCAAUAAAAAGGCACUGAAACACCUUAAAAGCAGUAUGCCUGCACCUAGCGAUAACAGGCAUGGUCUGCUGAGGUGCUGUUUGAAAGCGACUGACAACAGAAUCAUACCAUUACUGGUUCUGACGCCUUGCCAACACUCCUUUGUUAGGGUAUGUAUAUUCCUCACAUUUUUUAAAUUGAAGGGGCACUAAAGUCAAAUAACAAUUUACAUCAGGGUGAAAACUCAAUGUAUGACAACAUCUAAAACGACACUAUCAUCAACAGCAGUGCCCUCCUUACCGAGAAAUAGAGGUAAAUGCACAAGAAUACGUGCGCCGCAGUAGAACAUUUACAAAAUGAUCCCGGUGACGUCAGAGUUACAGUUAGCAACAGACCACUAGUAAUCGAAUGAGGUUUACUAAAUAAAAAACCUUCCAUGCAUCAAGAGACGUAAUAAAGUGCUGCUUGUUCAUUUCUGUUUGGUUCAUGGAAAAAGACUGCCGGACGUUACUAUGAGGAAUGGCACGAGUGGUUCAAUAGUUCAAUAUUUGCGUGGUUAAACUGGACAGGUUGUGCCAUCUGGCGGGGCCCAGUUGAAGCAAGCUUAUCUGCAAUCUCGGGGCUAAUGGCAGGAAAUUCUUCAGUGGCAGUUCUUGCCGUAGUGGCCUGCUGAUUUCGUUCUGGUGCUAUUAGUGUUGGUGGCCGCGCACUAAAGCCGGACAACGUUGUGCAUGGCAACAGUGAUGUGAGACGUCCCACUCCUUUAAGCGGGUAAUUUUAAGUGCACUAACUCGACGCAAACCACUAAAAUGAAAUUUUAUUUCAGAAUAAGCCCUUCCUUGGCAAAAAAGUAACACUACGAGGUUUCUGGACCGCUAUUUCAGCAAUCAACGUUGACUCAGUAGUUGUCUUUAGUGUCCCUUUAAGGCAAAGUGAAAUUACAUUGGGGUUGUCUUUCAGACAGCAUUAUCUGAAAAGUGUACUAAGUGAGUGCAUUUCGUGCAAAGCCACUCAUUUGAACUGCUGUUCAUAAGCCUUCUUUCACAUAUUGUCUUGUCAUUCAUUCUUUUUCUUGACUUUUUGGCUCAUGUGUUCAUUUCACAUUGGGUGGAAAACAGCGCCAAAGAGAUGUCUAGAGUGUGUAAAGAUUGUCCAUUUUUCUUCUUCUUUUCCUGUUUUCUUACUUGCAUGAAAGGAAACCACCUGAAGCCUACAUUUCAUUCACCAUGCAGUUCUAAUCAAAAAGGAGUCGGGCUGGCUUUCCUGCGGUACACUAUUGCACUUGGUUAUCAAAAUGGGCUUUUCAUUGCUUUUCACGUGUUUUUUGCUCUUGUGUUUGCCAGCUGCAAGGUAAUAAUUUUAAUAGGCUGCUAUAUUAUAAGUGAAAUUUGUACUGUAUUCCCCAAAAUCCAGCCUAACACUUUUUGUUUGGGUCUGUUGUCCAAAAAAAAAAAUGUGUAUCAUGUAAAGCUAUCAUUUCGCUCUAUGAGGCACCCUCAACUGUGAGGGGCAUGUAAGUCUGCUGCCCUUGCAAAGUUACAAGCACAGUUUUGGCAAGGCACUAUGACUCUACUGCGGCACAGCAGAGAGAUAAGUUUCACUGUCGCCGGAAUUCUCAUUUUGUGGUCGACACGAAUUAUUUUUCUUAUUGCGCAGCUUUUGUUAUUCCUUCUAUACAUUGAACCUUAAUGACUUACUUUAAUUACUACUCGUUGUUUCUAAUGCACAUUAGGUGGAAAAUAUACAUGUAUGCCUCAGGGGCUUGCUAGUGAAGUGGAUUUUUUUUUUUUUUUUAUAAUCUUUCAUAACCUUUAGGCUCAUUUACUUAGUUUAGCUGUCAUUUGCCCGGAAGCUACUCGUAAAGAGCAAAAGAUGGUGCUCGAGAAUGUGAAGACUUAGAAUGUGAAAGUGGAUAAUUGGUAACACAUGUGAGUUGCAGUAGCGUGUGAUCAGGGGGAUUAGUUAGUGAGAAAAAGUAAUUGCCCUUGCACCCGCCCCCCGCCCCCAGUCAUCUAAGGGGUGUGCCAAGUCUGCCCCACACCUUCGCUCGGUCAGACCUUUCCCGUCACUGUUUAAAGUGUGCAGGGUUGUGACCAUGCAAGCUUUUGAUAGUAGCAGCGGCUGGGGACCCCUGAUGUUGCAUUCCAAGAACCAUUUUACUUCCCACUGUUACCCAUGGAAAGCCGAGAAGUAAAGGCAAGCUGUUAUAAACAGCACGUCGUUGCUUUAUCUUAUCUUCGAUUUUGCGUUCAUCAUGAAGCUUGUGUCCUUCUGUCUCGACCAUUUGAAGCGGGAGGGGAGCGGUGGUGAUGCUUCUCCACCCCCAAUGAAGAACUCUGCGCACGCCUAUGGGCCCUAGAUCAGAGUAAUUGUACUAAACAUGUUGAUCGUGCGUAUUUCGAGCUGAACACUUCCUGCAGAAUAUCUGACAGACUUUGGCCACCUCAAAGUAUAUUUGUGCCACAUUGUCGGGUAUUGUGUCACUGUACUGUACCCAUUACCAGAAUUAACUCAUCAAGUUGUCAGUGCAUUUUCAGGCAGUCUUUUGUAUAAGGGGCACUCAGUCUCGCAUCCCGCAAGUAACAAUGGUCUUCCUCACGAGCACUUGCUCCAAGCAGCCUUUGAUUCUGCAUUUAUGACUUUGUUGCAAUUGGGUUUUGCAAUGUCAAGUGAAUUUGUAGUUCAUUUUACGACAGUAGUUUCUUUCAGGCUCUUUUACACCCAUUGGAAAUGAUGUGUACUUUGCUAUAUGAAGUUGGCCGGGCCAGAGUUUCGACGUAGCCAAGCAAGGCACCCGCCCUCGUGCCUUCGGGUGUGUCAGUAUUUCAUGUACAGGUUUGCGAGUUACCGAUUGCAUUAAGUUGUAAAGCAUAAAGUGUACAAGGAGCAUCAUAUUUGUACACUUACUGUUCACAGGCCACUUGAUCUCAAUUGAAUGUUCCCAAAGCCUUGUAGGCUCAUGUCUUUUUUUUCCUUGCAUGUAUGUGUGGUACGUUCUGUGUAUUGUAAUAAUUAAUAUUACUAUAACAUAAAUUCUGUUGCUGUUUGCUUAGUUCAACAUUGGAACUAUAAAGGUCUAUCUGUGAAACCUCAAGAAAAAUCAUGUGACUGAUAUCAUGAUAACGUAAUGUCGUUUUAUUAAGAAUGCAGAGCCUAAGUUGAGGCUUCUUAAAUGCUUGUUUAGUUUAGUGGGUUUUUUUUUUUAUGUGUCGUACACUGGUUAGCAGCCACAGGCAGUCUGUUUUUAUGUGGAGGAAAAAUGUUCCGGUAACAUAUUAGGAAAAAAAGAGUUUGGCAGGAACAUAAGAUCAUUGAAUUCCCAAGUGAUAGCAUGUAGGGGAUGUCAUGAUGCCUCAAUAGCUGCAUGAGUGUGCGUCAUAGACAAGCUUUUGCAUGCUCCUUAUUAAAAUGAUCAUACUUCUUACUACUGACUUGACAUUUUCUGGCCGCCCUGGUGCAUUUUCUUGUGCUUACCGCUAGACACCUCAAAAAUGGUUGCAGUUCAUGUUUGAGGUAUGUCUGGUCUAUCAUAAUAUCUUUGUUUUCCA